GAGCCGUAUUGAUCGACGAUCAGGUAUCAAGCGGAAAGGCUCAGGCUAUAUCUUGCUCUGUUCUUCCUCCAAAAAUUUCAGUGCGGGGACAUUUUUCAGCUGAUUUUAAGUACCAGCCACAACGAUCGACACUUCAAAUCUUCGUUCUCACACUUUCCGAGUCUGAAUGGGCACAAAGACUACCGGUAGCCUCUCGUUCUCCAUGUUGCCCCGAUUUGGUUUUGCUCCGGGUCACAAAUCAGGGUCUUCAUCUCGUUCUCCCUAUGCUGAACACCCUCAAGAAGACUGGUAUAUUCCCUACAAUGGUCCGUUAGAACCACCCAAGGGCGUCUCAAUGGCCAAGCAAGAUACCACGAGACACUUCGUUAGACAGCAUGACGUAAAUGCAUUUUUGGAAGACUCUCAAUUACUGGACCGCUACCGGGACACGUCUGUGAACGAUGCCGAGCCAGUACGACUUGGUCCAUCUUCACAAUCAGCCGGGUUUCCCAGAACCCGACCCGAUACAGCCGCAUUCUCGACGGCGGCAGGCAAGUGCACCGCGCUUGCAAAUCCCCACUCACACUAGCAUGGAUGCUAGUGCUGACGUUGGCGAAUCCCCCAUGCCUAUGCAGCGUAUUGCAAUGUCGUCCCCUCAGAAAAAAAUGGGUUGGUUCUUCGGCUUCGGAUCUAGCAAAAAGCAAAAAAGACAAUCAACCAGUACACCGGUAUCCCCUAUUAGUCAGACUAGCAUGCCGGGAACAUGGCUUCCCAGUUCUGUCCAGCAUAGUAUACUCCA